CAAUCAUCCCCCGAAAAGUUCUCCCCGCCAUGCCGCCACUGCCACGUUUACAUUCCGAGUCUUCGGGGCUCCAGCACCGCUCCAAAACAGGCUGCGGCUCAUGCCGCCGACGAAAGAAGAAAUGCGACGAAACCCACCCCGUGUGCAAUGGCUGCCAGCGCAAUAAUCUCGCCUGCACAUGGCCGGGAGGGUCCCCUAGCGACAAAGGCACGGCCCCUCAGACUCGACGGCCCAGACGUCGUCAGAACCUAGCAGACGGGGGAUGUCGUCUGCCGCCCGAGUUGGCAGGCAUGGUGACUGUGUUCGCAACGCCAAGUGACGAUCUCGUGCGCCGCCUGUUGACUCAUUUCUCGCAUUUCGGACCAACCUGGCUGACGAGUCGCAUUGGAACGGGGCGCACGCGGAUCCUGGGGCAUUUGUUCCCCGAGACGAUGGAGAGUCCACUGAUUUUGAACUGUGUGUUGAUGGUUGCGGCGGGGGACUUGGUCAAGUAUGACCCGUUCGAUGUGCGGGUUCAGGCGGCGGCGGUGGAGUUUUAUGGCAAUGCGGUGGAGGGGCUAAGAGACGCCGUUGGAAUGCAGGGACCUACGGGUGAUGUCUCAGAUCACAAUUUGUUAGCCGUCUUGCUCUUCUGUUUACACGAGACUCAAAACUACACCUCCCAAGAGCGCCUCAUCCCACACCUCAACGCCGCCGCCACGCUAAUCACCCAGCGUCUACACACGGUCCCUGGAAACUCAGAACUGCGCAAGUUCCUCCUCGAAAUGUUCUGCUAUCUCUUCUCUCUCACCUCAUUUUCCCACUCCUCCCUCCUCUCCCUACACCAAGGGAGCCAGAUCUUCGACACCCCAGGCCUAAUGGAAUACCUGCAAGGGGGCGCCAUCCUCGGGACAUCCCAAAAGGCCUUAUUCGUUGUCUAUCGGGUCUCCAAACUCCUCUCUCAACUCUCCUCCACCACUCCGAAUAGCCAAAAUACAGACGGAGAUCUCGACCCCAAAACCCGCUCCAAACUCCUCGCCACCGAAACCCAACUCCAAACAACCCAGCCCCCAUUCUCACCCACCCCCGACAUGAAUACCGAAACCCUCAGCGACGGCAUCACAUUCGAAUUCUACCGCCUCGCAUGUCUCAUCUACCUCCGGUACACCGUCGCCCCAUCCACCCCCAUAAAGCACCCGUAUAUCCAAUCUCUCGUCACACAAUUCAUCACCUACCUGUCUUAUCUCCCGGAAUCCCCCUCGGAUGGAUUCAUCUGCUGGCCGGUGGUGAUUGUGGGACUUUGCGCGGUGCAGAAGGAGCAUCGGGGUGCUAUUGCGACGAAGUUGAAGAAGACGCAUGAGCGGUGGCGCAGCGAUAUCUUUACGAAGAGUUUGGGGUUUUUAAGGGCGUGGUGGAGGGGGAGGGAGGGUGAUGGAUCUGGUUCUGAAUAUGGACGGGAAGGACAGAGCCUACGGUUGGGGAUAAGGGGGGUUGAGUUUCCGGUUCUUUUGCUUUGA